AUGGCCGCGGGUCCUCUGGACCCCCCACCCUGGGGCUCCCCCGUGGUGGCUCCUUCUCCCGCACUCCCCGCGUGGGAGGAGGACGUGGGGCCCCGUGCGCGUGGUGACCCCCUCGUCCCGCAGGCCAUGUCCCCGAGCGAGGACGCGGAGCGGCUCCUCAUCCAGUUCAAGGACGAGGCCGGCGAGCCGCUGGGCUCCCCCUUCGACGUGCCCGUGGCCAUCACGCCGGACAAGCUGCAGCUGGUCUGCAACGCUCUGCUGCAGCAGGAUGACCCAGUGCCUUUGGCUUUCUACGUGCACGAUGCYGAGAUCGUCACGUCGCUGGAGAAGACCCUGGCGGGGCAGGCGCUGGAGACGGAGAAGGUGCUGGACAUCGUGUACCAGCCGCAGGCCGUGUUCAGGGUGCGCGCGGUGACGCGCUGCACCAGCUCGCUGGAGGGACACACCGAGGCCGUCAUCUCCGUGGCCUUCAGCCCCACGGGAAAGUACCUGGCGAGCGGCUCUGGUGACACCACCGUCCGCUUCUGGGACCUCAGCACCGAGACACCACAGUUCACGGCCAAAGGUCACCGGCACUGGGUGCUCAGCAUCGCCUGGGCGCCCGACGGCAAGAAGCUGGCGUCGGGCUGCAAGAACAGCCAGAUCUUCCUCUGGGAUCCAGCCACGGGGAAUCAGCUCGGCCGGGUGCUCGCCGGCCACUCCAAGUGGAUCACGUGGCUGUGCUGGGAGCCGCUGCACAUAAAUCCCGAGUGCCGCUACCUGGCGAGCGCCUCCAAGGACGGCAGCAUCCGCGUCUGGGACACGCUCAUGGGCCGCUGUGACAAAAUCCUCACGGGCCACACGCAGUCGGUGACGUGCGUGAAGUGGGGCGGAGACGGGCUGCUCUACUCCUGCUCGCAGGACAGGACCAUCAAAGUGUGGCGGAGCCAGGACGGCGUCCUGUGCCGCACGCUGCAGGGCCACGCGCACUGGGUGAACACCAUGGCGCUCAGCACCGACUACGUCCUCCGCACGGGCGCCUUCGAGCCCGCCGACGCCUCCAUCAACCCCCAGGACGUGAGCGGCUCCUUAGCGGAACUGAAGGACAGGGCGCAGCAGAGGUAUGACCAAGUCAGGGGCCAGGGGCCAGAAAGGCUCGUCUCGGGGUCCGACGACUUCACGCUGUUUCUUUGGAGGCCGGCAGAAGACAAGAAGCCGCUGGAGAGAAUGACCGGCCACCAGGCCUUGAUCAACCAGGUGCUCUUCUCCCCGGACACCCGCAUAAUUGCCAGCGCUUCCUUUGACAAGUCCAUAAAGCUCUGGGAUGGUAGGACUGGAAAGUACCUCACGUCGCUGCGAGGCCACGUCUCGGCCGUGUACCAGAUCGCCUGGUCGGCCGACAGCCGCUUGCUGGUGAGCGGGAGCAGUGACAGCACGCUCAAGGUCUGGGACGUGGGGACGAGGAAGCUGGCCAUCGACCUGCCCGGCCACGCCGACGAGGUGUUUGCAACAGACUGGAGCCCGGACGGGCAGCGGGUGGCGAGUGGAGGGAAGGAUAAGUGUCUGCGCAUAUGGCGCAGGUAGGAGCAGCGACCGGGAGCCGUCUCCGCUGGCCCGGCCUCCAGCUCCGUCUCUCCGGGGAGCUCUGGGAAACGGCGGAGGACGGAGCCUAUCCCGAGCACGUCUCCCAUCAGCCACUCUCCCUCAUGGAUUCUCUCCUUAUAUUUAUUUAAGGAAAUUUUAAUUCUAUUYCUUACCAAGAGCUGUGCGUUGCAGAGUGAUCUGCUCUGAACAUUACAGCAGGGAUAUCUCAUCUGCCUCCA